AUGCGUUUAUGGAAGCACGAUUUUCGCGGCAGGACUUUGGUCUUCGCCAUUGCCAUGGCUUCUUGCCAGGCCUUUCUCCUGCUGGGGUUUGAUCAAGGAGUGAUGGCUGGCAUUAUCGGGGCUGACAAUCGAUUUGGCCGCGACUUUAACAAUCCUGAUGCCGAUAUGCAGGGCAAUAUCACUGCUCUCUACGACAUCGGCUGUGUGGUGGGCUCGAUUGUGUGCUACUUUGUUGGAGAGCGCCUGGGACGACGGACCAUGUUGAUCAAUGGCGGUGGAAUUAUGAUUGUCGGGGCUAUUAUACUGGCGACGUCUGAGACGGUGGCACAACUGAUUGUCGGUCGAAUCGUGACUGGCAUUGGAAACGGCAUGAACUCGUCGACUGCGCCGGUAUACCAGUCUGAGUGUGCCCCGGCGGCAUAUCGAGGUGCUCUCUUGACCCUGCAAGGAACGGUGACCAUCCUGGGGGUCGUCAUUGCCUACUGGAUGGACUACGGGACAAGCUUCACAGAAUCCUCCUUCCAAUGGCGCUUCCCCCUCGCAUUCCAGGCCAUAUUCGCCAUCUUCCUCGUCCUCCAAGUCAUCGGUCUCCCCGAGUCCCCCCGCUGGCUGGUCCAGCACGACCGCCACGACGAAGCCCGUCAAGUCGCCGCCGCCAUCGCAGACAGAGAAACCAACGACCCCGACGUCGUCCGUACAAUCCUCGACAUCCAAACGUCGCUCGAGGAAGAGAAAAAAGGAGGCCCAUUCCGGUUCAAGGAGCUCUUCACCUGGGGCGAGGAGCAGAAUCUACGCCGGCUGCUGAUAACCAUCACCGUCGAACUCGGCCAGCAGUUUACCGGAUCCAACAUGAUCAACUACUACGGGCCCGUCAUGUUCCAAACGACCAUGGGAAUGGGCCGCAACCUAUCCAUGAUCCUCGGUGGCGCAAUCCAGUGCACGUACCUCGUUGGCUCAGCCAUCCCCGUCCUCCUCAUGGACCGGUUCGGACGGCGCACCCUGCUAAUGGUCUGCUCUGUCGGGCUGUGCUUGUGUUUCGUCAUGGUUUCCAUCCUGCUUUCAACGGGGAGCACGAAUGCCGCGUACGGCGCAACGGCGUUCAUUUUCAUCUUCCAGAUCUUCUACGGCAUCGGGUGGCUCCCUGUGCCCUGGUUCUAUCCGAGUGAAAUCAGCACGACGCGCACCCGGACGCGCAUGCAGGCCAUUGCGUCGGGGUGGAACUGGAUGGCUGUUUUUGCGGUCGUCAAGAUCACGCCCAUCUCUUUUGCGAACAUCGGCUGGCGCACAUUCGUCAUCUUCGCUGUCCUCAACGCCGCCUUCAUUCCCAUGGUGUACUUCUUCUACCCCGAGACCAAGGGGCUGGAGCUAGAGGAUAUCCCGCUGCUGUUCACGAAGAGAGGAUUCACAGGUGGCGUGUUCACCUCCAAGGGCGGAAGGACUGUCAUGCCCGGCCAGCACGCAGAGCAGACAGAGGUUAACAGGAAAGUCGAGGGCCUAGGCGUAGAGCAGAUCGAGACUGCUUAA